AUGGUCGAAUUGGUGUCUCCUCCCGACCCUCAGUCUCUAAUUCCUCCUCUUCUCGCAUGCCUACCUACAUCCUUUGCUUCUCCCAAACCUCCUCCAGCACUCCUCCCUCUGUUGUCACCCAUUCUCCGCCAGCGCCUCCACAUCAACACCGCAGGUGCUUCUACGAACAACUGGGCCCCUCUUCUGACGUGGGAUGCGGCCAAAGGAGAGACGCUCAAGGAUACAAUCGAAAAUGCCAUCUUUGAACCUCAUCCUGCAUCGGGAGAGAUCGAGGUCGGCGACAUCGAACCCAUCACAUACAAACGAUUUGACCACGAGACAUUGAAAGCUCAAAUAUCACUUCAAGAAUGGCCAUUUACUGUAAUAUAUCUCUGGUGCACAGGGAGUGACGAGGGAAAUGGUUGGAAGGUCGCCGAGGUAAUACCAGUAGAUGAAGCUCUGCAAAAAGACAGCACGUGGUCCUCAUCGAUCAGUCAUGCAAAUGAAAGCGCCAACGAGAGGCUGGUAACGGAAGCUCUACAAGAAGCAGACCGAGCUGGAUCAAGUUCACAAAGAAAUCUAUCUGCGCAGCCUGCCGACGAGGAUGACUACUGGGCAAUGUAUGACAAGACUCCUGGAAGAACACCAGCUCGAAUAGCAUCGGUGGAACCCAAGCUGACGGGGUCUUCCGAGGAUGAUUACUAUGCGCGGUAUGGUAGUGUACAGCCAGCCAUGGAUGGGCACGACCCAGAUGAAGUCAUGGAAGAUGCAGGACAGUCAAGCUUGAAGGGGACCGUACUGGAAAAUUAUCUGUCACGAGAGUCACAGGUACACGAGGACCGACAGCCACCAACUCUAGUACCGCCAUACCAAGAUCUAUCGGGUCUGGGGCUACAUGGUGAUGGUCAAGAGAAGGAGCUGGAAGUCACGCAGCCAGUGCCUUCCUCACCUUCUUCUAAGGCUUCGGAGGCGGUGGCAAGGCUGGAAGAACACGCCGAACGGUAUGGAAUAUCAGAUAUUGGCAUUAGACAACACAUCGGGACCAGUGUGAAGAGUAUGUAUCGACUGGCGAAAAGUGCGGGGAUGGAUCGUGAGGAAUUUGAAAGAAUCGUGCAGAGGGAGCUGGAUACUCUGAGUAUCUAUGAAGAUGUUUGA